CCGGCCCUGGCGAAGGGCGAGACGGUGGCCGAGAGGGCACCGAGAAGCGGACGGUGGCCGACGAGGUCCGGCAUGGAGCACCUGGAGCGCUGCGCGUGGUUCCUCCGCGGGACGCUGGUGCGGGCGGCGGUACGGCGCUACCUGCCGUGGGCGCUGGUGGCCUCCAUGCUGGCGGGCUCCCUCGUCAAGGAGCUCUCCCCGCUGCCCGAGAGUUUCCUUAGCAACAAGCGCAACGUCCUCAACGUGUAUUUUGUCAAAGUGGCCUGGGCCUGGACGUUCUGUCUCCUCCUGCCUUUCAUUGCCCUCACCAACUACCACCUGACAGGCAGGGCUGGCCUGGUCCUGCGGCGACUGAGCACCCUGCUCGUGGGCACGGCCAUCUGGUACGUCUGCACGUCGCUCUUCUCCAACAUCGAGCACUACACGGGCAGCUGCUACCAGUCGCCGGCCCUGGAGGGGGUCCGAGAGGAGCACCGGAGCAAGCAGCAGUGCCACAGGGAAGGCGGCUUCUGGCACGGCUUUGACAUCUCAGGCCACUCCUUCCUGCUGACCUUCUGUGCCCUCAUGAUCGUGGAGGAGAUGGCCGUGCUGCAUGAGGUGAAGACAGACCGAAGCCACUGCCUCCACACAGCCAUCACCGCCCUGGUGGUCGCCCUAGGCUUCUUGACCUUCGUCUGGGUGUGGAUGUUUCUGUGCACGGCCAUUUAUUUCCAUGACUUGUCCCAGAAAGUGUUUGGCACCUUGUUUGGUUUGCUGGGCUGGUAUGGGACGUAUGGGUUUUGGUACCUGAAAUCCUUCUCCCCUGGACUUCCUCCCCAGAGCUCUAGCUUGAUAUUGAAGCAAGACAGUUACAAGAAGUAGAAGAGAAACAGAGGUGGGGACGGCAGGACAGUGGGUGGUGUACUUUCCACUUACUCUGUUUAGUUAUGGGCUGAAUUCUGGACCCCACUUCAGGCAGGAUGCUUCCAGGCAGUUGGGGGUGGGGAGGUGGACGGGUCCGGGGAGCGAGUUUAGUCCUCAGACUCUUCUUAGUGACCUUGCCUGUGUCACAGACACUUUUCACCCCUGGAAAGACUUGACUUUAAUCUGAAACACCCCUUUUGUCCCUGAGGGGACAGCUAAGGCCCAGUGAAAAGAUAGGAUCAGGAUGGCCUCCCUGGCGUGGUUCACGGGGAGGCCGGAGCUCCAGCCUCCAGAGCCAAACCGUCCCUCCACUUGAGCGGCUGUAAGAGCUGUUGUUUCGACAGUGUCUCUCCCUGUUGAUUUUGUGCAAGCAUUUUCUUCCAGCAGGGUGCUUCAUAAAACACCCCAAUACCUGAAAUACACUCCAGUUAUAGCUGUUGGUUUCCUCCUUGGAAUGUUGAAUAUUGCACCUGGCUUGAUCAGCCCCCAAAGCCAGUCCCUUCAAACACGGUGCCUCCGCCACUGAGUGUCGGUGAUUUUUAUGUAACGAACAGUGAUCAUUUUCUGUCCAUGGUCUCAUGUUAUACGUUGGUUUUUGGAGCAAUAUGGUUAUCUUUUUUUUCUCUUCUAUUUUGAGUGAACACUUAAUAGUUUUUAAUAACAACUAUGACAAGUAGUCUUUGUCAACAAAAUUCCUGAAAAUAUCUCACAGUUCAGUGCCGUGGUUUUGGCACGUGUGGAUUGUUUUGAGGGGUCUUUUUAGAACACUAAUUUACAUUUUAUAAACCAAAUUCUUGGCUUGAGAGUAUUAAAUUCCACCUCGUGGUGUUGUUUCCUCUGUUAAGAAUAAAACCGGAAAGCUGGCA